UGGCCUGCAGAGUGGCAGUCCGUGGCGCAGGAGGUGCACGAGCUGAGGCUGACCACGGCGGCGCGGGCAGCUCAGGUGCCUGAGCCAGGCGCCCAGGAGGUUGAGGUUCCGCCUACGCCGCCUGCCUCUGAGCACGGGGAUAUGGAUGUCGACGCCGGCGUGGCCGCUGCGCAUAUGGAUUCUCUGGGCGAGGCUUCGUGCCGGGAGCAUCUCAAGGCCUGUGGCCUCGAGUUCGAGGACGGCGACGAUGGCUCACCGUCAGCCCAGGAGUUGCGCGAGCGGCUCAAGCGACACCUCGGCUCCGUCGCGCGCGUGGCCAAGAAGCUCAAG